UCAUAUUUCAUCUUGAUAAUUUUUGAAACCCGGAAGUAGACUAAUUGAAUACUGCCGCUCCCCGGUGGCGCGAUCUUGAGGCGAUAAAACCGGAAGACGCCAUUGCUCUUUCUUUCGUGACCGUAUUCACCGAAAAGAAGUAACAAUGGCGGACGCAGCUCCAGCCGCUCGUGGAGGUUUCCGAGGAGGUUUUGGUUCCCGUGGAGCCGGUGGUGGUGAUCGCGGAGGUCCGCGAGGUCGUGGCGGUCGCGGACGCGGACGUGGUCGUGGACGCGGUCGUGGCAAGGAAGACCAAAAAGAAUGGAUCCCUGUCACCAAACUUGGACGUUUGGUUCGUGACGGUAAAAUUCGUUCUCUCGAGGACAUUUACCUUUUCUCUCUUCCCAUCAAGGAGUACGAAAUCAUUGAUCAAUUCAUUGGACCGUCCCUCAAGGAUGAGGUACUCAAAAUCAUGCCGGUACAGAAGCAGACCCGUGCCGGUCAGCGUACUCGUUUCAAGGCAUUCGUUGCAAUUGGUGACGCGAACGGCCACAUUGGUCUUGGAGUCAAGUGCUCCAAGGAAGUAGCAACUGCUAUUCGUGGUGCAAUCAUCCUUGCUAAACUCUCAGUAGUACCCGUACGUCGUGGAUAUUGGGGUAACAAGAUCGGAAAGCCUCACACUGUACCGUGCAAAGUAACUGGCAAGUGUGGUUCAGUUCAGGUGCGUUUGAUCCCAGCGCCGAGAGGUACUGGAAUUGUGUCUGCCCCUGUCCCUAAAAAGCUGCUCCACAUGGCUGGUAUCGAGGACUGUUACACUUCGGCGCGUGGUUCAACGUGUACUCUUGGUAAUUUUGCUAAGGCAACUUAUGCUGCGAUCGCCAAGACUUAUGCGUACUUGACUCCUGAUCUCUGGAAGGAUCAACCACUCUCAUCGGCUCCUUAUCAAGAACAUGCCGAAUUCCUUUCCAAGAAUCAUCGCCCUGUGGCUGGCCAAAGAGCUGCCGAAGUAAACUAAAGGAUAAAAUAAACCUCAUCUCCACAGAGAUUGAAAAAUCA